UCUCCUCCCAGGCUUCCAAACUCUCUCACUUUUUAGUUUUUCCUGCCUGUCUGCUUCGUUCUCGGCUUCGAUGGAUUACGAUUUCAGGAACAGAGCAGGACCACCAUACGAUUCGCACAACUCGAUGUACAGGCCAAACGCGAGCUCAUCAUCAUCAAGCCAUCCACACCAUGGCUCAUCUCUUUACCCCAGGGUUGGCCAGCCCGGUCAUGCCGUUAUCCCUCCGGCCAGCCGGACGACCCCCCAUCAUCAAAUUGCUUCACCUUCCUUAGGAUUGGGCAUUAGAGUUGCAAUAAAACCAGAGUAUCGAAUAACUCCACCACCUCAGCUGUCCCCACAAAUGGAAGAUAUUCCCCGAAGCACAUUUCAAUUUGAUUUUGAAUUUGAGAAAAAAAUUCUAGCUGAGGCAGAGAAGGAGAGCCAGAAUUGGAGCAAGCUUGUUUUGGAAAACCUUCCAUCUAGAGGGACGGAAUCAAUUUCUUCUUUGGGAUCUGCCGCAGAUCCAGUGGUGAGCAAAUACAUUGCUUCAGGACUCAAUAGAGAAGCUGUGGCCCUUGCAGUUGCAAACUAUGGAGAUAAUCCAACAAAGGUUCGGGAGUUUGUAAAUGGGUACAACCUUCUUAGCGAAAUGGGAUUUUCAUCUAACAGUGUUGUUGAAGCACUGGCAAUGUAUGAUAAUGACACAGAGAAGGCAUUGGCUCAUUUCCUGAACAACCCAUCGUGAUGGUGCUGGGAAUUGAUGGUGUCAUACAGGAACUUUGAUUGUAUAGCGCUUUGUGCAUUCUCCUGUUUACUGAUUCUGCUAUGAGGAGUGCCCAAUCCUUGAGAAACCAACAGACAUUGGGUAUGUAUCUUUGCCUAUCAACUAAGAAAAAGAAAACUAUCUGGGUAUCCUAUUAGUGUGGUGGUUCGUAAACCCAUUGCUCCUUUGUAUAUAAAGAACUCUGGUGGUGUCAAAAAAAAAAAAAAACCGAGGCCAUUGCGUAUGUAUUGCCUUAUCUUUCUUUCUUUUUUUUUUUUUUUUUUUUUUGAUCAGCAUGUAUAGGCUGUGUAGCCUUAUCUCUUUUAAAGCAAUUAGCAGUUGAAUUUUCCAACAAUUACAGCACUUUAGUAUGUAAUCGUUCUCCUUGAUAUGCCAAUAAUUUAUCAACUGCAUAUCUAACA